GUCAGAUGUAUAUGAGCGCAGGCGGCGGGAUCUCUCUCUCCUUUUUUACCGCCAUCGGAGCGGAGUCUCUCUUUUCUUCCCCGGGACCGCUUCACUGCGCAGCAUCGCCAGCACCCAGCCUCCGGCCACAGAGCCACGACUCAGUUGAGACUCAGCUAAGAUGGCAGACAUUGACAACAAGGACCAAGCUGAGAUGGACCCAGCAGAUAUGGAGGAUGUGGAGGAAGUUGAAGAGGAGGAGACGGGAGAAGAUGAAAACAGCAAAGCUCAUCAGCUGACUGUACAAAUGAUGCAGAAUCCACAGAUUCUGGCUGCUCUACAGGAGAGGCUUGAUGGUCUAAAUGGUUCACCGUCGGGGUACAUGGAGAGCUUACCAAAGGUUGUAAAAAGACGUGUAAACGCCCUGAAAAAUCUCCAGGUCAAAUGUGCCCACAUUGAAGCAAAGUUUUACGAAGAAGUGCACGAACUGGAAAGAAAGUACGCGGCCCUCUACCAGCCCCUCUUUGAUGAAAGAAGCGACAUAGUGAAAGCAGCUUAUGAGCCCACAGACGAAGAGUGUGAAUGGAAGGCAGACGAAGAGGAAGAGCUAACUGAUGCAAUGAAGGAGAAGGCCAAGUUAGAGGAGGAGAAGAAAGAUGAGGAGAAAGAAGACCCCAAAGGAAUCCCUGAGUUUUGGUUAACAGUUAAGAAUGUGGACCUCCUCAGUGACAUGUUGCAGGAACACGACGAACCCAUCCUUAAACACUUACAAGAUAUCAAAGUGAAAUUUUCAGAUCCUGGACAGCCCAUGAGUUUCACGUUAGAAUUCCACUUUGAGCCAAAUGACUUCUUCACAAAUACAGUGCUGACAAAAACGUACAAGAUGAGGUCAGAGCCAGACGAGAGUGACCCCUUCUCCUUCGACGGCCCAGAGAUCAUGAGCUGCACAGGCUGCACGAUUGACUGGACCAAAGGCAAGAACGUCACAUUAAAAACAAUCAAGAAGAAACAGAAGCACAAGGGUCGUGGCACAGUCAGGACGGUUACGAAAACGAUCCCCAACGACUCUUUCUUUAACUUCUUCACCCCACCGGAGGUCCCAGAAAACGGAGAGUUGGAUGAGGACUCCGAGGCCAUCUUGGCUGCAGACUUUGAAAUCGGCCACUUCAUCCGUGAGCGCAUUGUUCCCCGGGCCGUCCUCUACUUCACAGGAGAGGCCAUAGAGGACGAUGAUGAUGAUUAUGAUGAAGAGGGAGAGGAGGCGGACGAUGAGGAUGGCGAGGAGGAGGCCGACGAGGAAAACGAUCCCGACUAUGAUCCCAAGAAUGAUGCAGCCCCCCCAGCUGAGUGCAAGCAGCAGUGAAGCCUGGCCUGACUGCCUUCAUGAUCAACUGCACUGUAACAGCUUCUCAAAAAAAAAAUCAAAC